GAGAAGGGACGAACGGGCUCGUGCAUGUGAGAGCGCGAACGAGCGCGCGUGUGCGUGACAGAGGAGGACGACGAGGAACAAACCCGAAAAGAAGAAAAAGGGAGGAAGAAGAGUACGAGAAGUGCUACCAACACUUUGAACCUUGAACGAAAAAAGCCAAAAGAGCUUAAAAGAAGAAAGGUGAUGGACGCUUCAACUUUGUUGCUCUUGUCGCUCCACGUGACGGCAGCCCUCACAGCGUGUCUGUUGGGACAAGGCCCGCACUGCAAUCUGGUCCAGUCCAAAGAAGACGACUUGGACUGGGAGCAAGGCCCGCCGCCGUCACAGAACGCUGCCGUCUGGAUGCCGACAGGAUCCGCCUCCUUCUUGUACGUCAACAUGAGCGGUCGCAGCGCCGGUCGGCGGGCCCGUCUGCUGAUGUCGCCGCUCAAAGAGAACGACACGCACUGCAUCCACUUCUCCUUCUUCCACGACGCCGAGCUCAACGUCUACGUCAAAGAGAACAACAGUCCACUGGCGCUUCCCGUGUUCAACUCAUCCAGCCACGAGCAACGCACGUGGAACAUGUUGGAACUGGCCGUGUCCACGUUUUGGCCCAACGUCUACCAGGUGGUGUUUGAGGCGGUCAGCAGUGGGCACGGAGGGGGCGCGGCCAUUAAAGACCUAUCCCUGCAGGGACACCAGUGUGCGAGCGCACCUCACUUCCUGCACAUCAAAGGCGUGGAAGUGAAUGCGGGCCAGGCAGCGGUGUUUGCGUGCACAGUGAGCGGUCGCCCUCGCAACGACGUCCGCCUCUUCCUGCAAGGCGGGAGUGGUCGUCGCGCCAUGGCCACGGAAACCAAGCCAGUCAACUUGCGGCGUUACGUGGCGACCUUUCACGUGGACAACACCACCAAAGAAGACUCUGGCCGCUACCGCUGCAUCGGCCAGUCCGAGCGUGGAGUUGGCGUUUCCUCCUAUGCCGACCUCACUGUCAAACAGCCCCCCGUGCCCAUCGCCCCGCCUCAGCUGACGGCGGUGGGUGCCACCUACCUGUGGAUCCAACUCAACGCCAACUCCAUCAAUGGCGACGGUCCCAUUGUGGAGCGCGAGGUGGAGUACCGCACAGCGGCGGGCGUGUUGAUCGACACGACGCCGGUGGACAAGACCAACCACAAGAUCGGCCACCUCGACCCCGAUACCGAGUAUCGAAUCAGCGUGCUGCUUACCCGGCCCCUGGAGGGAGGCACGGGAAAGCCUGGGCCGCCGCUGCGCGCCCGCACCAAAUGUGCAGAGCCGCUGCACGGUCCGCGUGGCCUGCAGGUGGCAGCGGUGCGCGCUAAAGAGGUGACGCUGCGUUGGGACUCUUUGGGCUACGGCGUGACGCGCUGUCACAGCUACAAUGUGACGCUGCAGUACCGCUACCAACCCGCGGGGGCGACUGAGGUCGAAGAACGGCAAGAAACGGCUUAUGGUACUCGGGGCGUGGCGCCGCAGCACACCCUGCGUGACCUCACACCCUUCACCAACGUUAGCAUCAGGCUCAUCCUCAGCAACCCUGAAGGACGUAAGGAGAGCGAGGAGCUGUUGGUGCUGACGGACGAGGACGUUCCCGGAGCGGUUCCGCUGGCGUCCGUCACGGGCGGCACCUACGAGCAACACAUCCGGGUCAGCUGGGCGCCGCCGCUGCAAACAUACGGACGGAUCCGCCACUAUGAGGUCUCCUUCAAAGCCUUGAGCUCGUUCGACUCGGACGUGGACCUGACCAAUCAGAGCGGGAAGGUGCUGAAGGCAGCCAAUGAGACGAGUCACGUGUUCACUGGCCUCUUCCCGGGUUCCACCUACUCCUUCACGAUAAGAGCAGCAACCGCCAAAGGCUUUGGACCACCCGCCGUCACGCAGUUCACCACCAAGAUCUCAGCUCCCAUCAUGCCAACGUACGAGCGGCAGCCACCAAUCAACCAAAGCGACGCCACCGUCAGCGUCCUACUACGACCGGCACGCAGCCGCGGCGCCCCCGUCAGCAAGUACCAGGUGGUGGUGGAGGAGGAGCGCCCCCGCAGGCAGGCAAGGGGAACUGCAGAAAUCUUGCGCUGCUAUCCGGUCCCCGUCCACUUCCUGAACGCCAGCCAGCUCGACUCACACUACUACUUCAGCGCCGAGCUAACUGUGGGCCACGUCAACAAAGGCACGCCGUUUUGUGUCGGUGAUAAUGGCACAUAUGGUGGAUUCUGGAAUGUGCCUCUACUGCCUCACAAGAGUUACGCCAUCUACUACCAGGCAGUCAGCAGUGCUAACGGGGAGACAAAGAUUGACUGUGUCCGUGUGGCCACUAAAGCUGCUAUCAUCAGCACUCAGCUCAGCACGCCGCACGCCGCCCUCGGCUUCGGCCUCCGAGGCCCCGCCGCCGCCGGCGACAAGCAGCUGGCAGGCGCUGCCACCAGAAAACCCGACCCGGAUCACGAGAAACAAUCGGACCACACGGUGAAGAUCGCCGGCGCCACGGCUGGCGUCUUGCUCUUCAUUAUCAUCUUCCUCGGGGUCAUUCUCCUCAUGAAAAAAGGGAAGUUGGCGAAGAAGAGGAAGGAAACUCUAAGCUCCAGACAGGAAAUGACUCUCAUGGUCAACAAUCCACAGCACCCAACAAUGGUGGACACACACGCACACACUCUCAAUGGACACACGGUGUCAUCCGCGUCGACAUUCACCAUGAAGACUAACAGCAGCACCAUUCCAAAGUCCUACUACGCAGACGCGGCAGUGCCGACCGCCAUUUUAGACGAGCUGAGCAGCGAGACCAGCAGCUUGGUCCAGAACCACCUGAAGCAGCGUGAAGCGGAGCGCGAGCCGCCACGCUACCACCCCGACUCGGCCCAGAGGCAUCCCGCCAUCCGCGUGGCCGACCUUCUGCAGCACAUCACGCAGAUGAAGUGCUCCGAGGGCUACGGCUUCAAGGAGGAGUACGAGAGUUUCUUGGAGGGUCAGUCGGCACCUUGGGAAUCGGCCAAGCAGGAUGAAAACAGAAUGAAAAAUCGCUACGGGAACAUCAUUGCCUACGACCAUUCUCGUGUACGUCUGCAGCCUCAAGAUGGAGAGAAGGGCUCUGACUACAUCAACGCCAGCUAUGUUGACGGUUACCACUGGCCCAACCACUACAUCGCCACGCAAGGUCCCAUGCGGGAGACAAUGUACGACUUCUGGCGGAUGGUGUGGCAGGAGAACACGGCUGCUAUCGUCAUGGUAACCAACCUGGUGGAGGUGGGGCGGGUCAAGUGUUGCAAGUACUGGCCCGACGACAGCGAGAUCUUCGGGGACAUUUCCGUGACGCUGAUGGAGACGCAGCUGCUCUCCGAGUACGUCAUCCGAACCUUCGCCGUGGAGAAGAGGGGCGCGGCCGAGAUCCGGGAGAUCCGCCAGUUUCAUUUCACGGGCUGGCCCGACCACGGCGUCCCGGCACACGCCACCGGACUGCUCGGCUUCAUCCGCCGCGUCAAGGCCAAGACGCCUCCCGCCACCGGGCCCACCGUGGUGCACUGCAGGUCUGACGCCUUCCUCCUCUCUGCCGUCUUCCUUGUCUCGCUCUUCAUUGAACUGCGUGUGCGUAACAGCGCCGGUGCGGGCCGCACGGGUUGCUUCAUGGUCAUCGACAUCAUGCUGGACAUGGCGGAGCGCGAGGGCGUGGUUGACAUCUACAACUGCGUGCGAGAGCUGCGAGCGCGACGCGUCAACAUGGUGCAGACCGAGGAGCAGUACGUCUUCAUCCACGACGCCAUCCUGGAGGCGUGUCUGUGCGGCGACACGUCCAUAUCGGCCAAUCAGCUUUGUUCCGUCUACUACGACAUGACCCGUCCGGACCCGCAGACCAACUCCAGUCCCAUCAAGGAAGAGUUCCGGACGUUAAACAUGGUGACGCCGACGCUGCGUGUGGAGGACUGCAGCAUCGCGCUGCUGCCGCGCAACCACGACAAGAACCGCCGCAUGGAUGUGCUUCCUCCCGACCGCUGCCUGCCCCUCCUCAUCACCAUGGACGGCGAGAGCUCCAACUACAUCAACGCCGCGCUCAUGGACAGCUACAAGCAGCCAUCGGCCUUCAUCGUGGCGCAGCAUCCUCUGCCCAACACCGUCAAGGACUUCUGGCGCCUGGUCCUGGACUACCACUGCACCGCAAUUGUCAUGCUCAACGACGUGGACCCGGCGCAGCUGUGUCCCCAGUACUGGCCCGAGAACGGCGUCCAUCGUCUGGGCUCACUACAGGUGGAGUUUGUGUCGGCCGACCUGGAGGAGGACGUCAUCAGUCGCAUCUUCCGCAUCUACAACAACACCAGGCCCCAGGACGGUUACCGGAUGGUUCAGCAGUUCCAGUUCUUGGGCUGGCCUCGCUACCGGGAUACGCCCGUCAGCAAGCGCUCCUUCCUCAAGCUGCUCCACCUGGUGGACAAAUGGCAGGAUGACGGCGGAGACGGACGCACGCUUGUGCACUGCCUGAAUGGCGGAGGGCGCAGUGGCGUCUUCUGCGGCGUCAACAUUGUUUGCGACAUGUUACGGCAGCAGCGGUCCCUCGAUGUUUUUCAUGCCGUCAAAACGCUGAGAAACAACAAACCCAACAUGGUGGAACUUCUGGAACAGUACAAGUUUUGUUACGAAGUGGCUCUGGAGUACUUGUCCUCGACAUAGAGAGGACAACGCCGCUUCCAUCUUCACCCUCCUUUUAUCAGCCUCCUCGCUGCCGGACAGAACCGGGAAGUCCAAAACGACGAGCGCGACGACUACUAGCGGAGGACAUGUUUUUGCACUGUUUUGUUCGAAUGCUGUCAAACGUUCACACACGCACAUGCACACGCGUGUUUUUUCGAGGACCCAUUCUCAUGGUAUGCAUCUUUACACCUGAGUGGAGCUUCCAUUCACUCUCCCAAAGUUGAUGUGCUUCGCUUCCUGUUUGUUAUAUGAUGAUGGCAAAGAAGCCACCUUUAUUAAAUGUGCUUUUAUCUGCUUUACACACACACACACAUACACACACGCACAAACACGAACUAGACAUCACAUUCAAGGAGGCGUUUAUGGAUUUUUUUGGGGGAGAAAGAAUUUGAUCCUUGUGUGUGUUAGUGUGUGUUCAUGCAUGAUGAGAGCACAGUGGUGAAUUGUGUCAAAAUGACAAAAGUAGCCCACGUAUGAACGAGAAGUCUUUGUUUUGGGUUUGUGCGGUGGCCAGGUGGGCAUCGUAAGACACUGCGAGUUGUGACGUUUGAUAUUUGUGUACAUAAAACUCACUAUUUAUUAUUUCUUGUCCUUAUGGAGCAUGCAGACACGUCUGGUGCUGACGUUAAAUGUAUUUAUUGAAGAAUCGUGUUUGUGUUUGGUUCAUAGCUACGACGAAUAAAAAAAGGUCAAGCACUUC